AUGAAGUGGGGGAUUUCAGGCUCGUUGCUUGCUUUAUUGGCAACGACUGCCGCGGGCUGGCCCUAUGAGCAGUCUUUGGUUGACUAUAAUCUUAAUGUGAACAAGACUGCGCUUACGCCACUAGACUACGCUGCACCAGAAUGGCCAGACCAUAAAUACACACCGUCUCCGAAAAGCUGGCGAUUUCCAUUUUACACCCUCUUUCUAGAUCGAUUUGUCAAUGGUGACCCCACCAACGACAAUAUCAACGGGACUCUGUUUGAACAUGAUUUGAACUCGAAUCAAAUGCGACACGGCGGCGAUGCCGAUGGUUUGGUGGACACAUUGGACUAUAUUCAGGGAAUGGGGAUUAAGGGAAUUUAUCUUGCAGGUACUAUUUUGAUGAAUCAGCCCUGGGGCGCUGAUGGUUACUCAAUUCUGGAUACAACUUUGCUUGAUCAACAUUAUGGUACCAUUCAGACAUGGAGAAAUGCAAUCUCGGAAAUUCAUAAGCGUGGCAUGUAUGUGGUAUUUGACAACACUAUUGCAACUAUGGGUGACUUGAUCGGCUUCAAAGGUUAUUUGAAUGUUACCACCCCAUUCUCCGUCAAAGAAUACGAAGCCCUCUGGAAAUCGGAUCGCCAUUAUGUGGACUUCUCGUUUGGAAACUCCUAUAACGAAACUUGCGAAUACCCCCGAUUUUGGAAUGAGACCGGGUGGCCUGUUGACCAGGACGUUCGUGACGAGUUGAAGGGAUGUUAUAAUAGCGACUUCGACCAGUAUGGUGACCGAGAAGCAUUUGGCGUUUACCCAGACUGGCAGCGUGAAUUAGCCAAGUUUGCUUCGGUCCAAGACCGUCUUCGUGAAUGGUAUCCACCAGUCCGGGAUCGAUUGACCAAACACUCCUGCAUGAUAAUCAAAGCGCUUGAUAUCGAUGGUUUCCGGUUUGACAAAGCCACGCAAGCUACAGUUGACGCCCUCGGAGAUAUGUCAAGCGCAUAUAGAGAGUGUGCCCGGAGUGUUGGAAAGGACAAUUUUUUCUUGCCUGGUGAAAUUACUGGUGGAAACAAUUUUGGUUCCAUUUAUCUUGGGCGCGGCAGACAGCCAAAUCAAUACCCAGAAUCUGCGAUGGAUUCUAUGGGAAUGACAAACAGGUCGGAUCAGCAGUAUUUUCUUCGUGAAGAUGGUCUCCAGGCUCUUGAUGGGGCUGCCUUCCAUUAUUCGGUCUAUCGAUCCCUCACUCGUUUUCUUGGGCUUAGCGGCAAUCUUGCAGCUGGUUACGACACACCACUGGACUGGACAGAUGCAUGGAACGUCAUGGUAAUGAGCAAUGAUAUGAUUAAUGCUAAUACUGGAAAAUUCGAUCCCCGCCAUAUGUAUGGCGCAACAAAUCAGGACGUCUUCCGCUGGCCAGCUCUCCAGUUUGGUAUCGAAAGACAACUCCUAGGACUUUUUAUUACUACUCUCCACCUUCCUGGUAUUCCACUCCUGCUUUGGGGAGAAGAACAGGGAUUUUAUAUCCUAGAUGCUACCGCAGAUAACUAUGUUUAUGGUCGACAGGCGAUGUCACCUGCAACAGCUUGGAAGACUCAUGGAUGCUUCGCUCUCAAUGCAAGCCAGUAUCAUGAUUGGCCUAUUGAAAAAGGCCGUGAUGGAUGCCAUGAUGAAACUGUGGCUUACGACCAUCGUGAUCCUUCUCACCCUCUUCGGAAUAUUAUCAAGCAUAUGUAUCAGCUGAGAAAAGAUUAUCCCAUUUUAAAUGAUGGAUACUCUGUCCAGAAGCUUUCUAAACAGACCCAUGAUAUCUAUUAUCCAGGCUCCAACGGAACAGCCACAGAGACUGGAAUGUGGUCUAUUUUGAGGGACCGCGUUUCAAAGUAUCAGGACUUGGGUUCCGACGCUGAUAACCAGCCAAUUUGGCUUGUCUACCAGAACGACAAUAAGACAGUCGACUAUAAAUUUGACUGUGGUGAGAAUGAUACUGCUUUGAUAUCACCUUUCGCAACUGGCACUACAGUUGUCAAUUUGUUCUACCCACAUGAUGAAUAUGAGCUAAAGGAUAGCCCACAAAAGCUUCAUCUUAAUGGUUCCAAGGCGUAUAAUGGCUGUCUCGAUAGCAUGACACUCAAAGCCUUUGAGUUCAAAGCAUUUGUUCCAAAGAGUCGCUUUGUUGGUCCCAGCCCCAUGGUCACUAAGAUCACUCCUGGACAUGACGAGCCCCUGCUCUCAACAGUUGGUCCCAAUGAGUCCGAGGAUAUUGAUUUAAGUAUCUACUUCUCCACCCAGAUGGACUGUGACUCGGUCACGAAGGCCAUCUCCCUAAAGUCUACCACUGCCUCCGGCAAGACACCGUCUAUUGACAAAGACAAUGUCAACUGCAAGAGCAUGGAUCCCAGCGAAACCCAAUGGACUGCCCAAAUUCCUAGUACUUGGGUCUGGACAGGAAAGCUAACUGGUGUCUACAAUGGCAUUCAUCGACUGACAAUCAAAAAUGCGACUAGCGAAGCUGGGGAUAGCUCGACUGGGGCUGUGGAUCACUUUUUACUUCGCAUCGGCCAGGCAGACAACCCGAUCACUUUCAAUACCGCCAAUUAUUCCACAAGCCUCCUCCACCAGUACGAUAAUGGCACACUCUACAUUCAACAUAAGGCUGUAGGUGCUGACAAAUAUCGCUAUUCCACUAAUUGGGGCAGCUCUUUCUCCAGCUGGCUUCCCUAUAAAGGUGGAGAGGAUAUUAUAGACGAAUUACCCUGGUCUGGGACAAAUAAGCAGAGAUGGCAAGGGAAGCAUGUUCGUGUCGAAUACUGGAGUAAAUUGACCGGCAGCAGUGACUACGUCCAGGAAGGUGACUACGAUUUUGAUAUCCAACGACGUUUCCCUCACCUAUAUUUCAAUGGGCCUUACAAUCAAUACGGUUACGAUGCUGGACUUGACAAUAAGGUGGUACAAGAUAAAGACGGAUACUGGAAAUUCAGACUUAGGACCGAAUUCCCUGCACAAGGACAAUAUAACGUCUGGGGCAUGAACCCUGAUGGAAAACCUGACCAAAGCUUUGUUUAUGGGGAUGUGGAUUCCGAUGGUGUCUUGGAUCGCAUGCCACCUUCCUCGCUGAGUUCGCUAUCUGUCAACGUCACCGAAAUCCCUCCUUCUCCUUAUCUGUCAUGGGAUCUUUGGCUCGACGAUGGCGAUUUGCGCAUUCAUUUACAGCCCACAGGAUCAAGAGCCAUCCAAAUCAUCGUUUAUUGCUUGCUUUGGCUUGUUCCGAUAGUUACAGCUGUCGGAUGCGUUUAUGCGUUCAUGAAGUCGUUUUACCAGGUCAAGUUCAAUCAAGUUGGAGUCAGCCAGAAGAAGUCAUUGCUUCCAUUUGCCCUCGUGAAAAAGAGCAACAAACUUGGAGGGUUGAACCCCUUCCUGCGUCUCGCAAACAAGUCAGGCUUCCUUCAAAGCACGCCUGCUUUCAGAACCGGCUCCGCCCGGAGGCAAACAGUUCUCAUAGCCACCAUGGAGUAUGAUAUCGAAGACUGGGCUAUAAAGAUCAAGAUUGGCGGCCUAGGAGUCAUGGCUCAGUUGAUGGGAAAGAACCUUGGGCACCAAGAUUUGAUCUGGGUUGUUCCGUGUGUUGGAGGUGUCGAUUAUCCAGAGGACCAGCCAGCUGAGCCGAUAUUUGUAACAGUUCUCGGCAAUUCCUACGAAGUCAAGGUUCAAUACCAUGUCCUGAACAAUAUUACAUAUGUUCUUCUGGAUGCUCCAGUAUUCCGUCAGCAAUCAAAGGCAGAACCUUAUCCACCUCGCAUGGACGAUCUGGAUAGUGCCAUCUAUUACUCUGCAUGGAACCAGUGCAUCGCAGAGGUUAUCAAGCGUUUCCCUAUUGACUUGUAUCAUAUUAACGACUACCAUGGCUCUAUUGCUCCACUUUACCUUCUUCCUCAGACAGUGCCUGUGUGCCUCUCACUUCAUAAUGCGGAAUUCCAAGGACUGUGGCCGAUGCGUACUCAGAAGGAAAGGGAUGAAGUGUGCUCUGUUUUUAACAUUGAGGUUGAUGUUGCAAGACGGUAUGUCCAAUUCGGUGAAGUGUUCAAUAUGCUCCAUGCUGGCGCAAGUUAUCUCCGUGUUCACCAACAAGGAUUUGGCGCUGUGGGAGUGUCUAGGAAAUAUGGAAAGCGCUCAUAUGCUCGCUAUCCAAUUUUCUGGGGUCUUAAGAAAGUUGGGAAUCUCCCUAAUCCUGACCCCUCUGAUACCGCAGAAUGGAAUAAGGAACUACCAAAAGAUACUGAAGUCCAAGUGGAUCCAGAGUAUGAAGCAAGCCGGGGGGAGCUCAAACGUCAGGCUCAGGAAUGGGCUGGGUUAGAUCAAAACCCCAAUGCGGACCUACUUGUCUUUGUAGGACGGUGGUCUAUGCAAAAGGGUGUUGAUUUAAUUGCUGAUGUCAUGCCUGCUGUUCUGGAAGCCCGUCCCAACGUGCAGCUAAUCUGUGUUGGCCCGGUAAUUGAUCUUUACGGUAAAUUUGCUGCCCUAAAGCUUGAAAGAAUGAUGAAAAUCUAUCCUGGGCGAGUGUACUCUCGACCUGAGUUCACGGCACUUCCUCCCUUUAUCUUCUCGGGGGCUGAGUUCGCCUUGAUCCCAUCCCGUGAUGAACCAUUCGGCCUGGUGGCUGUUGAAUUUGGUCGCAAGGGAGCACUAGGUAUUGGAGCUCGUGUCGGUGGUCUUGGCCAGAUGCCCGGGUGGUGGUAUAACGUUGAGUCUACGACAACUGCACAUCUGCUACACCAAUUUAAACUCGCUAUUGCAAGUGCAUUGAAUUCUAAGCCUCAGGUCAGAGCGAAAAUGCGUGCAAGAUCUGCGAAGCAGCGAUUCCCUGUUGCCCAAUGGGUUGAAGAUUUGGAAAUCCUGCAGUCAACGGCGAUCCGAAUUCAUAGUAAGGGCCUUGUCAAGGCCAAUGGUCAACCUUACACACCAUCCGGAUGCAACACUCCUAGCGGAAUGAUGACCCCUACUAUUGCAUCGACCGGAACGGUGACGCCAACUGGAGUGCAAACACCUCCCCUGGCGCAUUCGCGAUCAGGAAGCUACUCGAAUCUCAACCGCCUAAGUGCCUAUGGACCGCAGCAGCGCAACACAAUUGUAUACAGCAGAGACCCAAGCCCUGGAGGCAACGACAAACCCAGGACUGGGCUUGGUCGCCAGUUGUCGCUUGGUGUUCGGGCUGGUCCUGGGCAUCUAGUGCGUCGUGGCCGCCGCAAGUUGAGAAACAGUUACACCGGAACUGAUGAAAACGCCAGCGUUUCCAUGGCGGAGGAAAGCAGCGAUGAUGACAUUAUCCCUAGUUUCUAUGGCGAAGACGAAUAUACCCUCACUCCUGAACAGAUAGAAGCGGGACGCCGGGCGGACGCAACGACAGAGCAAGAACAUUCUCGUUCUUCAGUUAGAGACUUCUUCACCCGCAGACACUCUAGCCAAAGCUCAAUUCUGUCUAGAGGCAUGCUGUCUCCAGCAAGUUCGGGAACCUUUGAUCCUGAUGAGACUCUUGUUCCACCCGCACGCCCGUUUGCAGAGCCUGGCAACCGUCUCAGCAGUGCGUCUGUCCUUUCUGUGGACUCUGUCAUCGGCGAAAAGAAAGAUUACAAGCUUCAGAAGGUGGACCCGUCGUUUACAGAUAGUACUGGGGAGUUUUACCAGAUAUUUGAAACUAGGUUGGAAAAGUUGAAUGGAUCUAACUCCGAAUCACAACUUUGCAUCGAAGAGUACCUUGAGAAGAGUGAAAAGAAAUGGUUUGAUAGAUUUAGGGAUGCCAAACUGGGCCGGAAUCAGUCCCCUGCUUCUUCGGUUUUCCAUGCCAAAAUGGAAACAUCCUCGCCUAUGGGAUCGAUCUCUAAUGAUGAGGUGGGGUCGCGAGAAAGUGGGAGCGAGGCGCACAAGAGAAGAGAUGAAUUUUUCCUUGGGAAUGAUUACGUUCCUCCCUCUGGUCUCAGGAAAUGGAUGCAAAUCAGGAUAUUCGACUGGCCUAUCUACUCAUUCAUUUUGGGCCUUGGUCAAAUCAUUGCGGCAAAUUCAUAUCAAAUUACCCUGCUUACAGGAGAAAUAGGAGAGACACCGGAAAAGCUUUACGGUAUCGCAACAGUCUACCUUGUUACUUCGAUCAUCUGGUGGUUUCUUUUCAGAUUCUGCAAGUCUGUGGUUGUUCUCUCACUUCCCUGGUUCUUGUAUGGCCUUGCAUUUGUUCUCAUUGGUGUAGCACAUUACGAGAGCGAUGAAUUUUCUCGGGCUUGGAUCCAGAAUGUUGGCAGUGGAGUAUAUGCGGCAGCAUCAUCCAGCGGUUCCUUAUUUUUUGCUCUCAACUUUGGCGAUGAAAAUGGAGCUCCCGUCAAGGAAUGGAUUUUCCGUGCGUGUCUUAUUCAAGGCACCCAGCAAGCCUAUGUUAUUGGUCUAUGGUAUUGGGGAACAUCGAUAUCCCAAGGUGUUACUGAAGGCCUUGGGAAUUCCCAGGCGGCUAUUACAGACAGCUGGAAGAUGACUGCCAUUUGCAUCCCAAUUGCUGUCUUCCUUUGGGCUCUUGGUCUCUUGGUCUUUUUCGGUCUACCAAACUACUACCGACAAACCCCUGGAAAGGUUCCUUCCUUCUAUCAAUCAGUCUUUAGAAGAAAGAUCGUUCUCUGGAACUUUGUGGUUGUUAUCUUGCAAAACUUCUUUCUUAGUGCACCUUAUGGACGCAACUGGAGCUUCCUUUGGAGCUCGGUCCACGCUGAAGCCUGGGAAAUUGGUAUCCUCGUGGUGGUUUUCUUCGGAAUCGUUUGGGCUGCGCUGCUUUUCCUAUUCGGUCACCUAUCCAAAUCCCACAGCUGGAUCCUCCCUGUAUUUGCAUGCGGCCUUGGAGCACCCCGCUGGGCCCAGAUAUGGUGGGGUGUGUCUGGAAUGGGUCUCUUCCUUCCGUGGGCGGGUAGUUAUACAAGUGGUGCUCUCGCAUCUCGCAGUUUGUGGCUCUGGUUGGGUAUUCUAGAUUCCCUGCAGGGUCUAGGAUUCGGUAUGAUCCUGCUCCAAACUUUGACUCGGAUGCAUAUUUGCUUCGCGUUGCUUGCAUCUCAAGUCCUUGGGUCGAUUGCCACUAUCUGUGCUAGGGCAUUUGGCCCCAAUAGUAUCGGUCCUGGGCCGAUCUCACCAGAUGUGACGGACGGAGCCAGUUCUGUCGCCAAUGCAUGGUUCUGGAUAGCUUUGUUCUUCCAGUUGUUGAUAUGCGCCGGGUUCCUGAUGUUCUUCCGGAAAGAGCAGCUUACCAAGCCCUAA